GUAUUUAAGUCUUAAAUAUUUGAUUCAUUUUGUGAAUCGGAGUUUGUAUUCAAACUAAUUAUAAGUUUUCAUUCAUUCAUUGAUUAUAUCGUUUGGUGCGGAGAAUGAGUCAAAAGAUAGGUAUUGUCGGCAGUGGUCUGAUAGGCAGGAGUUGGGCGAUGCUGUUCGCCGCCUCCGAGUUCUCGGUUGCCAUCUAUGAUGUGAUCCACGAGAAUGUGGACACGGCUUUGGUCGACAUCCAGGCUCAGCUCAAUAACCUGGAGUCCAAGGGCUUACUUCGGGGCAAAAUUAACGUCAAACAACAGUUUGCUUUAAUCAGUAAAGCAAACACUUUGGAGGAAUGCCUACAGAAUGCUAUACACGUUCAGGAAUGUGUAUUCGAGGACUUGGAGCUUAAGAAAAAGGUUUUCCGUGAAUUGGAUUCUAUAGCAUCGGACGAUAUAGUGCUGUGCAGCUCAACCAGUUGUAUACUACCCUCGCUAUUCCAGGUCGACCUCAAACACCGGGCGCAGGCUAUUGUGGGACACCCCGUAAACCCACCAUAUUUUAUACCAUUAGUCGAAGUGAUUCCCAACAAACACACGGAUCCGGAGAUAGUGAAGAGGACUCGGGCUCUGUUCACGACUAUCGGCCAAAAGCCGGUCGUCAUUAAGAAAGAAAUAAAUGGAUUCGUCGGGAAUCGCAUACAGUUUGCUAUACUCAGUGAGACAUACCGUCUCAUUGAAGACGAUGUCAUAUCUGUGGAAGACGUGGACACUGUUAUGGCCGACGGGUUUGGCCUUAGAUGGGCUUUCAUGGGUCCCUGGGAGACGGCUCACCUCAACGCCACCGGAAUGAAAGAAUAUUUCGAGAAAUACAGAAAGAGUAUGAGUAGUGUCUGUCAUGACUUCGGACCCGUUCCCACGUUUGAGGGCAAAGGCGCUGAUAUUAUGGUGAAGGAAAUGCAUAAACGGAUUCCUGUCGAGGAUUUACCGGAAAGAAGGAAAUGGAGGGACGAAAGACUCAUCGCUUUGUCGCAGUUGAAGAAGAAAUUGGACCAUUAAUUCAAUUACUGAUUCACACGAUAGUUGAUAUCAAUAGCUAUUAUAGCUAUUAUCAGUUUACUGUGUGAUUGAUUUCAAUAUAACAAUCGUGGAUAAAAUAUGAC